CAAGAUUCGGCAAUUAAUUGGCCAACGCGGAAAUAACAUCAACCGUGCAUAAACAGACGCCGUUAUUCUCGGAGAACUAUCCAGUUGCAGGCGUUUGCUUUUCCACAACAAAAGCUUAACAGAAAGAAAGAAAGAAAGAAAAAAAAAAGCCGGAUAGCGCACAUGCGGUAAGAGGAUAAAACACUGAGAAGGAAGCCGGAGGAGAUCCAGAGAAGGAAAAGAAAAGGAGAAAGGGAUCUAAGCCGGGCUAGAGGCGCGACCUGGAGCGACGCUACUACAAAAAUCUGACCUCGACCUUCUAGGACGCUGCUCGAAAGUGGUCGUAGGGGAAGAAAUGGCGAAAUUCCCCCCCGUCACCCAUGCUGUUUCUCCAGCGCACAUGUUGCCCAGGCUACUGGUGCUGCUGAUCAUGAGGAUGUUUGCGUAGGAGUGUUAUAUUUUUCUGCAGAUCAGUCUGCACUGUUUCAACAACUCCAGCCGAGCGGUUGAUGGACUUGUGCGCUGCUGAGCACAUCUGUCAGAUAAAACAUCGUUACCACCGGAAACCGAUUCGCUUUUAUUUUUGAAUUUUUUUAUAUAUAUAUUUUUUACGUUUGAAACCUUUUUGAUUUUGUUGCUAUCUUUUUUUUUCUAUACUCUUGUCUGGAAUUGAGCUUAAGAAGAAGAAAAAAAAGAUUUUCAUCUGAAGAGAGUGUGAAGGAAGCUGGUCUACUGGAAAAAGAUUAAGGAAAUAAGCCUGGACCUUUGCAUCUUUUGUCUGGAUUUUUUCGUAUUAAUGAAGGACAGUCAAAGAGGAUUGGGCCCAGUUGGGGGUUAUGCUUGCUUCCAGUACAAAGUUGUAACUCUUUCAUAAGCAAAGACAAAGAUUUUGUAUUUUCUCUCUAUUCUUGAAAUAGAUUUUUUUUUUUUUUUGGCCACUGCUCAGAUUUUAUUUUAUUUUUUGAAUAACUGAAGUCAACUAGGAGCGAAAACUGCCCUGGAUGUGACCCAAAGAAUUCAUCUUAUCUCUGAAGGGUGUUGAUGGAGAGCCAUUCGAAUGACAGCCGGGACAGUGGUCAUCACUGGUGGAAUUCUUGCUACGGUUAUAUUACUCCUUAUCAUCGCAGUAUUGUGCUACUGUAGGCUACAGUACUAUUGCUGUAAGAAGGAGGAGUCAGAGUCGGAGGAGGAGGAGCCGGACUUUGCUGUCACGUCCCGCAUCCCGCCGGUUCACUCGAACCACAACAUUGUGGCGGCGACGGCUGCCGCCUCCUCCAUGCCCAAUGGCCCCGCCAUUUUCUCCACCCCUCCUUUGGCUAGAAAACUGACACGCUCGCAGACCUUCUGUCCAUCGUGCACGCACUAUGAUCUGCCUUUCUACCUUCAGCCUCCUCCGCCGCAGCAGGUCCACCACCAACCAGAGGGACUGAGGAAUGGUGGAGAACGCGUCAGCUACCGCAGUGUCCAGCAGCAGGAUCUGGACCUGCCAGUGCCUGUUAACAUUUCAAACUAUCGUAAGCCAAACCUGGCCCGCUCAGUCACCAUGAGGGAAAUGUUUACGCGCAGCUGUAGCAUCAGCACCGAUGUUUAGUUGAGCGAGGGCGGACGUUUGCGAGUUGGCACGACUGCAACUGGACAGGACUUGAGUUUUGCUAAGUCUCAUUUUACCUGUUGCCACCUGCAGAUUGGACCACUCUGAUGGCUCUCAGGACAGUUUUGUUCUCUCUCUCACCUUUACACUUUUCAGGCCCAUGAGCUUAUUCGUGGUCCAAUGCUAAGUAUUUAAAAGUGUUCUAAAAUGUCAAUGAACGAAAAAAGCUUUGUUUUAUUUUGAGUGGUAAAGUUUGUGUUGCCCUACUUCCCUACUUUCUGACCUGAAACACUAGCAGAUUACUGCGGCACCAAAAUGAUGAUGUGCUCAGGGGGGAUUUUAUCUUUUACACAGCUGCUACAAAUGAAAAAUGACUGGGAGAAAUCUGGUGCCCUCCAUUAAGAAAGGAUGAUCUAUUUGUUCCUCCAUCAACAGAUUAUAGAGAUUUUUAAAUAUUAUCCACAAAGAUUAGAGGGGAGGAGGAGAAGGAGGGUGUUUUCAUGUUUUUAGCUACCACACACAGAUGUUUUUGAUAGUUUUAACUUUGGACGUGACAUUUUAAGACAUUAAGGGCUCACAGAAGAUUUUAAUUCCCUCUCAUUUUUCAAAUCCUUUCACGUCUCGACUUUAAUAGUCUCUCUGAGACGACACAGGGGGUUUAUUCCGCUUGAAGACAAGAGGAGAACCAUCAUGUUCUAGCAGGGAGAAGUGGGCUGUGUUUCUUGCAUUGCGUUCAGAAAGUAAAUGUGAGUUUACGGGCAUGCAUUGUGGGUAUGAGCGUGUAUCGUGUUCUGUUGUUAUGCCAGAAUCGUUAAAUUCAUUAUAAUCAAACACAAUCUGUCACUCGAAUGUUUAAUGAACCAGGAGCCGAGGCGUGUUGCAAUAAUAUUUCAUUGUGAAAGGAGAAGGGAACACCAUGAGCCACAGAGAGACACAUCCAAGCAGAUUAUAUUACAAACCCUAAAAAUAUUGUUUAUCUUACUGAUAGGAAGUGUAAGACAGACGUUAGACGAGUGAUAUUUAACUUUCAGUGUAAUCUCUGUUCUUUUACUGAAGUUUUAGCUUGUGGACUUUUCAGCGUACAUCUUGUAUUGUAUGUGACCACUGAUCUCCGGUUGCUUUGGCUAAAGAUUCACCCUUAAAGGCACAUGUAUAAAUAUUUAAUAGGCCACACUUCAGUCUCUUUCCCCUCCCUCUCUCUCUCUUGAGUCGGUGGACUGAAGAAAAUGUGCUCUUGCUCUGAGGUACUCCGAGAGUUCCUGCUCUGGAUUGUUUUUAUUUUCUCCACAAGGCUGACCGGACUGACUGAAGGGCUGAUUUUUCAACUGGAAGAGCAUUUUAUGGUCUGAGGACAUAUGGCUGAAAAUUAUUCUCUGCUUGAUUUCAAAAGAGUUAUCUGUGUGAGGGAUUUGAAGCUGACUGGAGAGUGUCCUUCUUGGAUCCCCAACAGACUUUCUCUAUUAAAUAGAUGGUCGACACAUUUGUACUUUUGGCCCUCCAUUUUUGUCUCUCUGUAACCAACAAUCACGGUUGUUUAUUUACCUGGAAGUGAAACAGUGCAUAAUUAAAUUUUUCCUUCUCUGACAUGAUCAAACAGUGCCUUGCAAAAGUAUUAUUGUUACCCCAUCAAGUUUCCUCAUUUUGUCAUACUACUGCCACAAAAAUCUGUGUAUUUUAUUGAGAUUUUAUGACCUAGACUAACACAAACUAUUGCAUAAUUGUGAAGUGGAAGGGAAAUUAUAUAUGUGCUUUACAAACAAAAAUCUGAAGUUUCUCCUUGCAUUUGAACUUCCUUCAUUCUGAUACUGCUAGACAAAAUCCAGUGCAAUCAGAUGCCUGCAGAUGUCGACCUUCUUAGUAAAUAUAGAUGAUGUGUUAGUAAUUGAAUCUCAAUACAAAUUUAGCUGCUUGAAAUCAUUAGCGUUUUUCAGUAAACACUCAGUAAACUAUCUGCUAUCACAGUAACAGAGGUAGCUCCAGAGGCAAAGAGUACAAGUACAUGCCACACUCUUCAUACUUUUAUUCAUGUUGAAAUGUACAAAUUUGUACACUUACGUGUUGCUUUCACGUAUAAAAUCCCAUUGAAAUAAUCUGAAAUGUAUUGCUGUGAGAUGACAAAUGGAACAAAGCUCAAGAAGUAUGAAUACUUUUGUAAGGCACGUUUCAAAAAGUCACAACGCAUAAAUAAAUCUAACUGUUCAAGGGCAUAAUCGCAGCCAUAAUACACUCUCCGGUUCUAUAUUUUGAUCAUAUUUGUCACAGAUGACCGCCGAGCCUACACAUUUGCACUUGUCGAAAUUUAAUUUUUAUCUUAAACCCUCUGGUGUCCCUUUAAACUUUUAAAGCUUGGGAGCAGCGAAAUGCUACCAAGGCCUGACACCCACCCUGGUUCACACAGCUAAACAUGUUCACACAGGACACACACAGACUCACAAGUUCUCAUUGUUUAUAUAUUUGAAGCUGAAUUUUUGCCAGAUGCACAGCUAACGUAGUGCCAUAAUAAUGGGAAAGGGAAAUACAUGAAUUAGAGGAUACAUUAAUAAGAGGAUUAUUAUUAAGAUGAUUAUUAUUACUAGAGGUGUUUAUUAAAAUGAAUUGUGAUUUAUGUUCAGCUAUUUACAUUAGUUGCAUUAUUUUAUGAUCCAGCUGUUUUUCAGACUCAGUACAGUGCAGCUAACAUGUUUCUGUUCCUGUUUCUAAUAUAUAGCUAACAGACACAUUGUUGCUAAUAAAAUGGUGUUAAAAUUG